AUGGCCGCCAGCCCAGAGGCACCGGGGCCCUUGUACCUGGCCCUGCUGGGUUUUGCAGAACAUUUCCGCACGUCGAGUCCCCCGAAGAUCCGCCUGUGCGUCCACUGUCUGCAGGCGGUGUUUCAGUUCAAGCCGCCCCCGAGGGUCGAGGCCCGGACUCACCUGCAGCUGGGCUCGGUGGUGUACCGCCACACCAAGAACAGGGAGCUGGCCCAGACUCACCUGGAGAAAGCGCUGAGCAGCCGCCGCCACACGUGGCUCAUAUCACAACAAAUCUCUCAGUUUGAAGAUGUCCAGUUUGAAGCAGCAAGUAUUCUGUCGGAGUUCUACUGUCAACAGAACCCCUUUCAAAACAAGAGUCCCAACCAACACCCUGCUUAUAACAGGAACUACACAUCAACCUUCCAUACUAUCUAUGCAAGAGUCAUGGGAUCUGAGUACCCAAGAGCUCUGUUCUUAUUAAGUAAAGGAAUGUUGCUGCUAAUGGAGCAUAAGCUGAGUGAGGUACAUCCACUGCUGACGCUGUGUGGGACCAUUGUGGAGAACUGGCAGGGAAACCCCAUUCAGAAGGAUUCCCUCAGGGUUUUCUUCCUUCUGCUGCAGGUCACACACUACCUGGAUGCUGGACAGGUGAAGAGUGUGAAACCAUGUCUGAAGCAGCUUCAGCAGUGUAUCCAGACCAUCUCCACUCUCAACGAUGAUGAGAUCCUUCCCACUAAUCCAGCAGCUCUCUUUCACUGGCUGCCCAAAGAACAGUGUGUGAUUGUGUACAUGGUGACCGUGAUGCACUCCAUGCAGGCUGGUCACUUGGAGAAAGCACAGAAGUACACAGACAAAGCUCUCAUGCAGCUGCAGAAGCUGAAGAUGCUGGACAGAAGCCCCAUCCUGUCCACGUUCCAAUUCAUCCUGCUGGUGCACAUCAUCAUGUGUCGGCUCGUCACCGGACACAAGGCCACAGCUUUACAAGAGAUUUCUCAGCUUUGUCAGCUUUGCGAACAGUCUCCCAGGUUAUUUAUAAAUCAUGCUGCCCAGCUUGACACACUGCUGGGCCUCUACUGUAUCUCAGUGAACUGCAUGGAUAACGCUGAGGCUCAGUUCACCGCCGCUCUGCAAACAAACGGUAAAUCAUGUGUCUACAGAAGAUUUCUAAGGGAGACCCUGAAGAUGUCUAACGCCGAGGAUCUAAACCUGCUAACCGCUUGCUCGCUCGUGUUACUGGGCCACAUCUUUUUGGUCCUGGGCCACCACAGGGAAAGUAACAACAUGGUAGUUCCUGCCAUGUAGCUUGCCAGCAAGAUCCCAGACAUGUCCGUGCAGCUGUGGUCGUCCUCUCUUCUCAAAGAUCUGAACAAAGCCUGUGGAAACACCAUGGACGCCCAUGAGGCGGCUCAGAUGCACCAGACCUUUUCCCAGCAUCUCCUGCAGGAUCACAUGGCAGCCUGCAGCCUCCCUGAACACAACCUCAUCAGUUGGACAGACGGCCUCCCCCCUGUGCAGCUUCAGCCUCAGAAUGGACCUACAACCAGCCUGGCCAGCCUGCUCUGA